GUAUCAUUUACAGUCAUUCUGCACCUGAUUCCCAGUGAACUGCUGAAAGAAAACAAUUCAAUGGCUAAAUUUUUCUGAACUCUGACCCCUUGAAGUAUGAAUGCUUCAAUAAAUUGCUUUUCCCUGUUCUUCCUCCUGCACUUUUCUCUUCUCUUUCACAAGGUUCCCUGCGCAGCAAUAGACAGCAUAACCUUGACCCUCUCUGUCAGAGAUGGAGAUGAAGAGAGCAGCAUCGUUUCUUCUAAUGGAACCUUCGAGCUCGGAUUCUUCAGUGCAGGUAUUUCGUCUGAGAACCGAUAUGUUGGCAUAUGGUACAAAAGCGUAUCUCCUAGAACAGUUGUGUGGGUUGCCAACCGGCAAACCCCUCUAAACAGUAAAUCCGGUGUCUUGAAAUUAACAAAAUCCGGGUCCCUUGUUCUUCUGGAUGGAGCUACUAAUAGAACUAUCUGGUCAACUAAUGCCUCAAGAUCUGUGCAGAAUCUCACUGCUCAGCUUUUGGAUUCUGGAAAUCUUGUCCUUAAAUGUGCUGGUGAUGGCCGCAAUGGUGAGACGGAGAAUGUUCUGUGGCAGAGCUUUGAUAACCCAACUGAUACAUUCUUACCAGGAAUGAACAUAGGUUGGAACUUGGUCACUGGGCGUGACAUCUAUCUAACCUCAUGGAAAAGCAGUGAAGAUCCAGCUACAGGGGAUUAUACCUAUUUCAUGAGUCACAAUGGUUAUCCACAAAAUUUCAUGAAAAGAGGCUCAGAUGUGAUAUAUAGAUCAGGGCCAUGGAAUGGUUUACAUUUCAGCGGGUCAUCAAACUCGAGACAGAGUCCAUUCUAUGAAAUUGGAUUUGUUUAUAACGGAAGUCAAGCAUACUUCACUAAUAGGCUUCUGGGAUCUGUCAUAACAAGGGCAACUUUGAACCCGAAUGGAGUUCUAGAACGCACAACAUGGGUUCCUCGGAUACGGAGUUGGACCAUUUACCUUGAUGUACCUGCAGACAUAUGUGAUAGAUAUAAGCUGUGUGGUGCAUAUGGCCAAUGCAACAUUCAGAGCUCUCCUCUGUGUGAAUGCCUUGACAGGUUUGUGCCGAAGAAUCCAGCUGCAUGGCUUGCAGCAGAUUGGUCAAGUGGUUGUGUGAGGAGGACACACUUGUCUUGCAAUGCAGGAGAAGGGUUUAUGAAGUAUUCUAAUAUCAAAUUGCCAGACACGCAGAGAGUUUGGUUCAACAGGACCAUGACACUCCAAGAGUGCAAUGCACACUGCUUGAAAAACUGCUCUUGUGUGGCAUACUCAAAUAUUGAAGUACAGAAUGGAGGAGUGGGGUGCUUCAUGUGGUUCGGUGAUCUGCUAGACAUCAGAUUAGCAAAAGUAGGGCAAGAUAUUUAUAUCAAACUUGCAGCUCCAGAGUUAGUAUCUGGAGUCAGAUCUAGUGGAAAGAAACGAAAGAUCAUUCUUACUCUGUUUCCUGUGGCUGGAGUGUUUUUUCUGACUCUGUUUCUUGUGGUAUAUUAUCUAAGAUCGAAGAAAUGUUUAGGGCUCAAACGUAAAGUGAGACGAAGGCAUAGCAAGAGGGAUUACAGUGAUAAAAGCAACAAUGGUGAGUUUGAGUUACCUGUGUUUGACUUAUCGACAGUAAAUAAGGCUACUGAAAACUUUUCAAUAAUGAGCAAGAUCGGAGAGGGUGGAUAUGGACCUGUUUACAAGGGCAUUCUAGAUAAUGGACAGGAAAUAGCUGUGAAGCGGCUCUCCGAAACUUCUACUCAGGGAGAUGAUGAGUUCAAGAAUGAAGUACUGUUCAUUGCUAAGCUCCAACAUCGAAAUCUCGUAAAAAUGCUAGGAUGCUGCAUUGAAGGAGAGGAAAAGCUCUUGAUCUAUGAAUUCAUGCCAAAUGGAAGUCUUGAUGCAUUUUUGUUUGACGAAGAACCAAGCAGACAUCUAGAUUGGCCAAAGCGCUUCUGUAUAAUCAAUGGGACAGCUCGCGGACUUACAUACCUCCAUCAAGAUUCACGACUAAGAAUAAUUCAUAGAGAUCUAAAAGCUAGCAACAUUUUAUUGGACACGAACUUGGAACCCAAGAUAUCAGAUUUUGGAAUAGCAAGAUCUUUUGGAGGGAAUGAGAUAGAAGCCAAGACAAACAAAAUAGUUGGAACUUAUGGCUACAUCUCGCCAGAAUAUGCUGUACGGGGGCUCUACUCAGUAAAAUCCGAUGUAUUCAGCUUUGGUGUAUUGGUAUUGGAGAUUAUAACAGGGCAGAGGAAUACAAAUUUUUGUCAACCUGAGAGUGAUGACAACCUUCUUGGACAUGCAUGGAAGCUGCAUAAAGAAGGUAGGUCAAUGGAAAUAUUAGAGCCACAUCUAAGUGACACACCAACUCUUUCAACAUCUGAAGUGCUCAGGUCAAUUCAUGUGGCUCUAUUAUGUGUCCAGCAGCGUCCUGAAGACAGGCCAAACAUGUCUUCUGUCAUCCUAAUGUUGAAUAAUGAAGGUGUUUUGCCCCAACCUAAACAACCAGGUUUUUUCACAGAGGACAACAUUGCUUGUUCUCGCAAUCAUUUAAUAUCAACAAAUGAAAUGACCAUUACUAGUUUACAGCCACGCUAGCACACAUCUGAGGGUUUUUUGCUGAUACUUUUUGGUCUAUUGUUGUCCACAAUCUUAUGCUUUUAAUGCUUUGAUUUCUCAAAUGUAAAUACAUUUUCCGGGCGAAGUCCAAAUGGAUAAGCAUUCUUAC